AAUGCCGACAAGGCGCUGAGCAGUGGACAAAUGGACUUUUUGAGCUUCUUGGUUAACUCACAGCGUCUAACGCAAUGGCGACCCUCUGGGGGACCGGAGCUUAUGUACAUUGCCCUAUCGCACGAGAGCUGUGAUCUGGACUCGGUGGUUAGCACAUUGGCAAUUGCAUAUUUGCGUCAUCGAAAUCCGGGAACCUUGCAACAUAACUAUAUGCCCGUAUUGAAUAUGCUGCGACGUGAUUAUUCCAGCAAGUCUGAGGUGCGCUUUCUGCUCGACAAGCAGCAAAUCACAGCGGAUCGACAUUUGGUCUUUCGAGACGAUGUGCCCGAGGAACUGUUGCUGAGAAGUCGCUUCAUCUUGGUGAAUCAUCAUGUGAGCCCAUUUCAUUACUGCACCGAGGAGGUCUACGACUAUCGGCCCUAUCAAUGCGAGGCUGCCCGGCUGCCCAUCUACUGUCAACGCAUAAUGCAUCCGAUGCAUUCGUGUGCCGCCCUCAUCACCGAACGCUUUGACAGUCCCAUAUACAACUAUACAAAUGUGCAUUGCCUGCGCGUCUACGAGUUGUUGCAUGCGGCAUUGUUGUUUCAGAAUAAUAACUUUAGCCAAUAUCCGUUGGAUCAGCUGCCGCAUGUGCGUGACUUUCAGCUGCUGCAGUUCCUGGAGAAGCAUCUGGGUGAGCUGGAGUUGCCACAGCGCAGCAUCUUGUACGAUACCCUGGUGAAGGCAGUGUUCGAUCUCAAUGAGCUGACGUUGCCACAAGUGAUGCGUCGCGAAUUCAAACUGUUGCGUGCCAACAAUGGCAGCCAUCUGGUUCGCAUUGCCCUCUGUUGUUUCCCCAUGGCAGUCACCCGAUUCAUUUCAUUCGAAUUCUCCCAAUUGGCAUUGCAGCAGUUUGCCGCGGAGCACAGCUGUGAUUUUAUCAUGCUCCUCGGCACGAGCAUGCAGCCAAGGGGAGGUUUGGUUAUCAAGGAGAUUGGACUUAUACCAUUGGAUGCACUGCGCGACAUGGAGGACAGACGCCUCUUCGAUCAUUUGAUUAUCAAUCUGAAUGCGACUUUGGAACCAUUUUUGGCUCUCGAGUCGUAUCGCGGUCUUGACUUUAUGCAGGGCGCUUUCUUCUAUUUGAAUGUGUGGAACAUUCAAUAUUAUGACAUGCUUAGUCUGAUGCAGCGUAUCAUAUACAACUGGGUGUCCGAGGAUGUUUAUUUGCCCAACUAACUCAUUAACUUCCAUGCUCAACGACUUGUAUUCUGAAUGUACUGCGAAUAAAAUCUUGCUGCAAAUUUA